AUGACCGAGGACAGGCAGCAGGCUAUUAUACAGGAAUUUGCAACUGCUAGUCCAAAACAAUUCAACUACAUGAACAUGUCAAUGGUUUACAAUAUAUUUUGGUGUUGUGUGACUUACGAGUCAGGUCACUUCAAAGAUGGCGAUGGUGAUGAUGAUGAUAAUCAUGAAGACGAUGAUGAAGGAUGUGAGGAAGAAGAUUUAGAAGCUUUACCAGAAGAAGAAGUUGCCAUUGGAAACCGCCUCCCAAUUUGUAAAAUAUGUAACAGAACUUUCAGUACUAAACAAGGUUUGAAAAAACAUCAAGUAAUCCACACUGGUGAAAGUCCAUACCAAUGUGUAUUAUGUCAGCGGUGUUUUAAAAGACCAGAUAGUGUGAUAUCACAUAUGAUAUCUAUUCAUGAUGUAGACCCACGACCUAAAUCAAAACGUCCAUCUGUCUACAAAUGUAAUUCAUGUCAUGUACGUAUGUUCUCACAUGCUGAAUUUACAAAACAUCGAGUAGAGAAACAUGGCCUAAAUUGGCAAUACAAAUGUCAUAUCUGUGAAAAUGGAUAUUUUAAGAGAAAAGAUGAUCUAGAUUGUCAUUUAAAGGGUAACCAUAGUGACAUUAUUGUAAGUGAUGAAGAGAAUAAUUCAAGUCAAGAGUCAACAGGUAAUUGUGAUAAUAAUAAUAUUCUGUUGAGGAAUGAAAAGAAUGAUGGUGAUAAUACUGAUGAUAGUGAUAAUGAUAAUGGAUAUGAUAUAGCAUCAGGAGAUGGUUUUUGUUCUCAACAACAUUAUGAUCCAGGUGAGAUUGAAGUUCUUGGGAGCCACAGCCCACAGCAUGAAAAAGACGCUAAAAAUCAAGCACUGCCCAGACAUGUGGAUGAGUCUAUCAACAGCCAAGCAAUGAACGAACAUGCGGAAUGUCAACAAAAAACUUCAGUUGACAGUACUGAAGAUCAAGAUCUUCCGAUUGCAGUUGCAGUAAAAAGAAGAAAAAAUUCAAACCCUAAAAAAGUGAUUUAUGACAUGGUAGAAGAAUCUGAUCCAGAGUCAGUCUCUGAUAAAGAUGAGGAAUGGGUACCGGACUCUGAUCCAGAUUCACAGUUAGUGCCAAGUCAAUGUGAUAUCAAUGAUAUUCAGAUACAGCUAGCCAAAGAUGGAAAAUUUUAUAAAUGCAACUAUUGUGAAAAAAAAUUUGUUGCUAGACCCAGUGUCAGAGAACAUAUUAUAAUUAGACAUUUAAAUAUCAAACGAUUCUGUUGCAAACUCUGUAACGAGUCAUUCUUUAGACGAGAUGGUUUACAAUCCCACAUGGUUACCAUACAUGGUACAGACACGCGGGCGCCUAUGUGGAAAAAAGCUGAGAUGGAAAGGAAAGAGGCAUUGCAUUCUAGUAAACAAAGCAAGCAUCAAUGUGAUCAAUGUUGGGAUCGUUUCUGUUCCCUGAAAGCAUUGAAAAAACAUCGUUCUCGUGUUCAUAAUUCAUACAAGUGGAAAUUCAAGUGUAAAGUUUGUGAUAAACCAUUCUAUACAAAGAAGAACUUGGAUUUACACAUGAUUGGGCAUAAUGUUGUGAAGACGGUCAUAUCUAAUGAUGAGGAGAAAGAAACAGCAGUGAAGACAAGUAAUGAUAAUAUUGGUAAUCCAGAUGUGGAAGCUGUCAGUUUAGAUUCAGCAGAGAAGAAUGUGGUUGAUAAUCAAGAAGAGUCAUCUGCCUUCCUUAAAAGUAUCACUCUGGAAAACAUCGAUGAUACAAUUAUCAAAACUGACGAAGGCUACGUAUGCAACUACUGUCAUAAGCUAUUCAGGCGCAAGCGAGGUGUCAAAGAACAUAUCAUUAUCAUACAUUUGAAAAUUAAGCGAUACCAAUGUGAGAUGUGCAGUGAAACAUUCGCUAGACGUGAAAGUUUUGUCUCGCAUAUGAGGUCGAUUCAUAACAAGGAUGUGCGGAAUUCAAUAUGGAGGAAUUACGAGGAAGAGAAAAAAAAUGCAGUCAUGUCAGGAAAAAUAAAAAAGAAGUAUUCUUGUUCAAAGUGUUCUAAAAAGUGUGCUUCAAUGAGAGAUCUGAAAAGACACAAAGUAGAACAUAAUAAACAUAAAUGGAGUUUCAUUUGUCAUGUUUGUGAUAAACCAUUCCAUAAAAGGAUAAACUUGGUGCAUCAUCUCAAAGGUGGACAUCAUCAAGAGAAAGAGAUUGACAGUGUGAGUGUUGUGGAACAAGUUUUCAGAGAAAUGAAAUCCAUGGGGCUAGACACAACAAUCAAAGUCAUCUCUGAAUCAGAUGGAGAUCAAGUAAGACAAGUUUACCAGUGUCCUAAGUGUUCUAAGACGUAUCCAUAUCGGUACAAAUUGAAGCAACAUUUUGUCAUUGAUCAUGGGAAAAUAAAUCCUCAUGCAUGCGACUUCUGUGAAGAAACUUUUAGUCGGCGAGAAUCUUUAGUAACUCACGCACAGUUGAUACAUAAUAUUGACAUUCGUAAUCCAUCGACAAUGACCUCUUCUGAACGAGAAAACCAGAAGAAGAUGGAAUGUGUAUGUGAGAGUUGUGAUGCAACGUUUGAUUCUUACUUCAAGUUGAAAAUGCAUCGUCUAACACAUGAUGAUUUAAAAUCGUUCAAGUGUGAUGUUUGUGAUAAAAGUUUUGCAGAGCGCCAGGCUUUGGCAGUGCAUGUGGAAUGUCAUAGAUUGUCUGUUAAACAGUCUGAUCAUAGCCAAAGCUCUUCUACAGCAAGUGAAGUGAAAGACAAAGGUUCACAGCAACUGGCAGAACUCCAACUACAAAUCAAAUCUGCUCCAAGUAAAGAGCUUGAAAAGAUUCAUAAAUGUGGGACAUGUUCAAAAAGCUUUGAAACACAAAGGGGGUUGAAAAGCCACGAAAUUAGACAUCAACUCCAUAAUUUCAACUGUAACCGCUGUGAUGCUUCAUACACAAAGAAAGACAAGCUAAUUGAACAUAUAAAAACAACACACGGAUUAGAUAAUUUGAUACUUGAACAAGGUAAAAGAAAUCCGUCACAUUCUCUACAUGUAAAGAACUUUGAUGGCAACGAAACAGCUGGCCCAUCUACUGUGACUGAAAAAGAAAAACCAUACCAAUGUGAUCGAUGUUUACUUCGUUUCAGCCGACAAGAUUAUUUAACGAAACACCAAGUAGUUCAUACAGGUGCCAAGCCGUAUCAGUGUUCCACUUGUAAACGAUAUUUUAAACAAAGGGAGAACCUUGGUAAACAUAAAUGUUUUUAUAAGUGUAAUAAAUGUGAUAAAGUUUUCACCGACCCAUAUUCCAAGAAUCAACAUAAAUUCGAACAUUGGAAUAAAGACGCUUAUCAGUGCGAGAUGUGUGGUAGAUUGUUCACGUCCAAGUCAUCGUUACAGACCCAUCAACUUAUACAUUUAGGUAUAAAACCAUAUGAAUGUAAACAUUGCGGUAAAUGUUUUGGACAAUCCAGUAUUCUUGUGAUGCACAUGCGUGUACAUACAGGUGAGAAACCACAUCUUUGUGAACUUUGUGGUAAGACGUUUGCAUCUCCAUUUGAAUUGCGCAUACACCACAAACGUAAUCACACCAGUAAAAUGACUGAAUUUCAAUGCAGCGACUGCGGUUUGAAGUUUUCAUCUAAGUAUUCUCUCUGUGGUCAUCUUGGUAAACAUCGUUCUAAUGCAUCCUUCGCCUGUGAUAUCUGUGGCAAGACGUACCAUCGUAAAGGUAACCUGAUAGAGCAUCAGAAAUCUCAUGACCAAACUCUAAGAAUGUCAAAAAGGUCCAAAAGAACUUCAUCUAAACCUCCUCCUGCGAGUACAACUGUUCAUAUGGAGCCCAGUAUGAUAGAAACCUAUGCCUCAACUAGCGAUAAUAUACAAGACAUAGCUUCUACAUCGAUGGGGUAUCCAAGCAUACGAAGGGACACAGAAACCGAACAUUUGACCAUGACUCGUAAUGAACCAGUAAAUGUUUCUAAUAUGCUUGCCAACAUCUAUCAACCAACACAAGACCUGUAUAGUGGUCAUGAUAACGAACAACCAAACAUUUCACUUCCGUAUCCCACUGGACACUAUUAUCAGUACCCUAACUGAUGUGUAGUGAUGCCAAACAACCAAACAAUAUCUCGCACUCAACAAUAUUAUCAGUUAUCAGUUAGCUAAACUUUAUUUAAAUACUUCUGUAAAAUCUGUAUUAUAAACCACAACUUCUACUACUAGUAUUAAAAUGGUACAAUGCAACAGCAGGGAUGCGA